UAGUGUCAGAGGCAAGAUUCAAAUGUAUGCCUCCCUGACUCUAAGUCCAGCUCUCCAUCACUCCAUCCACUAUGCCCCACUUGCUUUUCUUGAAGCAAUGUGUGUGAAAGCCUUGUGCAAACUUGUGCAGGGAUUGAUUCAUUCAGAAAAAUAAGAACAGUGCGACAGUGGCCAUCCCAUGGAGCAUAUAUGGGGUAGGCCUGGAACUCUGGCUACUUCUAGUAACACCUAGGCUGGGGCCUAGGGACAAGUGCUCUGAACUGAAGGACUUGGCACUUUGGGUUGAUAAAAGCCAGUCCUGGGUGGUUCCUUGGUCUCUAGGAGGAUAGCAAGUUGCAUCAAAGAGGACUGGCCACUGAAACAGGAAGAACCACCCGCUCAAUAGACUUUAAAGGUCCGCCCUGUAUAUAUGCCUCUCCCUCCUUCAGCUCUUCAGAACUUGUGGCAAACAGCUAACUCUUUCUUUCUCUUAGGGAUUUCCCAUGUGUUGGGUCCUGGGGGUAGAGUGUGUCACGAGAGUUAGAGAUGCCCGGAUGUGGACUCUGCUCAGCCUUGCCACGUGGUGGACAGUGGACAUUGGUGGACUGUGUUCUUUUGCCACGUAGGUGCCUGGCUUGGCUUGGAGUAUUGAGCCUGCAUCGUUAACGGGGUUUGGAUCCUCCGGACAUGCCUACACAGUAGGAGGACCCAGUAGAAGGGCUUAUUAGGGUGUGGAACAGGAGGUAGGGGGUCUUGCUUCCUUUGUUUGGCAAGCCUCUUAGCCUUGGCUUGCGGCUCGGGGAUCCGAGCCGGGAAGGAGGUCAACCCAAGAUAUGUAAUCGGAAGGCAAUAAAAUACCUGUACAACUAAGUCUGCUGUGUCGGAUGAAUUGUUGAGAACUGUUGACCGUGUUGUGUAGCUGGUCUAAAGAACAAAACUCUGUUCCAGUCAAGAGGACGUAAGAGGACAGGGCUGGACAUCAUCUGGAGGCGUCCGAAGACCUUGAGGCUAGGAGAGCCAGAAAAGUCGGUGUGGUGACUGAACAGAGAUCUGGAGAUGGAAGUCUCCAGCCUCGGAGGCAACAUCAUGCGUUAGAGCACUUGGAAGCUCUUGGGUUCCUCGGGCAGCACCAUCUGAACUAUGAGAGGUGGCCCUACAGAUCACAGACUCUUGGAGAAAUCAGACCUGUUGGCCCAUUUCACAGAAAAGCUGCCACCCGAGUCUCCCAGUGAACCUUCACGGGAGGAGGAGGAGGCAGGGCCAAUGCCAGAUCCUACCCAGUCACCCGAGGACCUCAAGAGAAAAUGGGAGGAAGAAUUGGCUAAGAUCAAGUUGAUCUGUGGUGAGAUGGCAUACCAAGUUGUGGAGAAGCAUAUGACCCUGAGCUCCCAGGAUGCUAUGCUGGAGGAUCAGCAGGGCAGGCUGUCAUCUCUGGAUGCCAGGGUAUGUGAAUUGGAAGAGACACGUCAAUGGCUGGCAGAGCAGGUGGCUGGGCAGCAGGACAGGAUCAUGGAGGGGAAGGAAGCUUAUGACACCCUGUGGGCCCACACUGGCCACCAGGAAGGGGCCUUGAGACAGCUGGAGGAGGAAGGCCGUGAGCUGGUGGAAAGGCUGAUCCAAGUCAAGGUGCAAGCAGCCGAGGCCCAGAAUUAUCGCAAUGAGCGUAUUGAGAGGGUCAAGCAAGCCAGGGUUUCCAAGGAGCUGAAGAAGGCAGUGAGGAGGACAGUCAACAUCUCUGAGACCCUGGACCCUCCAAGCAUUGCUGAGCCCCCUGCCAAUAAGCAGGAGCUCUUGGUGGUUGAAGCCUAUGAGAAACAGUGGAAACGCCCCUUCAGGUCAGCCUCCGCCACGUCCAUGACCCUGGCCCGCUGUAUGGAUGUUAUGAAGGGGCUGCUGGAUUUUAGGAAGAGAAGGGGUCACUCCGUGAGUGGGGCCCCUGAAGCUCGAUAUCCAAGCAUUCGUGUCUGUGGGGUCUCCUGUCUCCCAGCCAGAGCCCAGGACAUCCAGGAGGCCCACUGUUCUGAGGUCAAUGCCGUCUGCUUCAGUUCCAACAGCAGCCUCCUGGCCACAGGCGGGGCUGACCGGCUCAUCCGCCUCUGGAAUGUGAUUGGAGGCCGCCUGGAAGCUGAUCAGAUGUUGGAAGGGGCUGGUGGGAGUGUGACCAGCCUUGAGUUUGAACCAUCGGGCUGCUAUUUGCUAGCAGCGACUUACAACAAAGCUGCCCAGCUCUGGAAGGUGGGCGAGAGCCAAUCCAAGGAAACAUUGUCUGGACACACAGACAAAGUGACUGCGGCCAAAUUCAAGCUGACCCGGCAGCAGGCAGUGACUGGAAGCCGGGACCGGACUGUGAAAGAGUGGGACCUCAACAAGGUGUCCUGCUCUCGAACUCUCGACGGUCUCUCCUACUGCAACGACGUGGUGUGUGGAGACCACCUCAUCAUCAGUGGUCACAAUGACCAGAAGAUUCGUUUCUGGGACAGCAGGGUCCCACGAUGCAUACAGGUGAUUCCUGUGGAGGGAAAGGUCACCUCUCUCAGCAUCAGCAAUGACCAGAUGCACCUCCUCAGCUGCUCCCGGGAUGAUGCCCUUAAAGUCAUUGAUCUUCGGGUCAACAACAUUCGCCAGGUCUUCCGGGCUGAUGGCUUCAAGUGUGGUUCAGACUGGACCAAAGCUGUGUUCAGCCCAGAUAAAAGCUAUGCCCUUGCUGGUUCUGCCGAUGGCGGCCUCUACAUCUGGAAUUUGGAGAGCGGCAAGCUGGAGAGCAGCCUCUAUGGGCCGCACAGUGUCUCCAUCAAUGCAGUAGCCUGGUGCUAUGCUGGAACACAUGUUGUUAGCGUGGAUCAGGGGAAGAAGGCCGUGCUUUGGAGUUAGGCUGACCUGGCCAGCACCUGCACUGGGAGCCUCCUCCUUCUACCUCUGCCUCUCCUCCUCCAUAGUAUUGGAUAAGUUCUGGCGGGUUCCAGAGCCUGAGAUACCAGGGAGGUGCACCGAGGACAGAACUGGGGGAAGCUUUGUUGGGUCUGGAGGGAAAGGACUGUGUCCUAUCUUAAGUCAUCCAUCUUUGUGAACAUUCAAAGGGAAAGGGGUGGGUUUUUUUCUGCAUUAAACUUUAUAAAAUAAACUUUUUUUAUUAAUA